GACCAAUCGAAUUGUAUUAUACACUGAGUUUAAGGGAAUCCACUUUUAAGUGGAGCUGAUAAGAUAUGUAAAGUACAAUUGUGCCGUCAUACAAUUUCGACCGCAAAGUCUUGGUAGACCUUCAUAAGAUGUUUACACAGUUACAUGGCACCUGUGUCACCCGGAGCCAGCAAAAUCUCUUGAUCCAUACAUUUACUCCAAGACGCUUCGCAUCUUCCAAAAGAUGGCAAGCUCGCCAGCUCAAUGAUCGCUUCACCAGGGAAGCAUCGGCACAAGGGCUAAAAAGCCGAGCCGCGUUCAAGCUCCUUCAAAUUGACGAGAAAUUCCAUAUCUUCAAGAGAGGCCAAACCGUCGUCGAUCUGGGGUAUGCUCCCGGUUCUUGGUCUCAGGUUGCUGUAUCUCGGACCCAACCUGGCGGCCGAGUUCUUGGUGUAGAUAUCAUCCCAGCGCAACCCCCGAAAGGCGUGUCCGCAAUCCAAGGGGAUUUCCUUGACCCCAAGAUCCAGGAAUAUGUUCUGGGGUUUGUGCGCGAUUCAAGAAUAGGGCAAAUUCAACCAACUGUCUCAUCGAAUGGCACGGUGGGGCAUAACCACAGUGGCCUUCAAACCGGUCUAGAAUCGGACACUUCCGACGGCGAUGCAGCUAUAAACCAGACGCAUCCUGAAACCCAGGACAAUCCGAAGUCUCAGUUCACUGUCGAUGUGGUAUUGAGUGACAUGAUGAUGAACACAAGCGGCGUGAAAUUCAAGGAUCACGCGGGGAGUAUGGAUCUCUGCCGAGCUGCGCUAGAAUUCAGCUUUGUGGUCCUGAAGGCUGGCGGCCAUUUUAUCUGCAAAUUCUACCAAGGUGCCGAAGACAGGGCUUUGGAGAAACAGUUGAAGUACCUGUUCGAGAAGGUACAUCGACUGAAACCAGAGUCUUCACGUAGCGUUCGUGCCAUUAUCUAUAUUCUCUCCAAAAAAUGACCGCGUACUGACUUGACUAAUAGGAAUCGAAGGAGACGUUUUUCAUUGGCCUUAGACGCAAGCAAUGUGCAACAAAAGAUCAAGUGUUCGCACCACCAUGAAACAGAGGAAGAAUAUAUAAUGGAAAGGACAAGGAACUGGAAGAAGAAAAGAGAUAGUAAGGCAAAAUAUUAGUCGAGGUAACACGUGGGUGCGUCCUUCUCAUCGUCAUCAAACACAGCUACAUCUGAGCUAUGCCUGACACCAGAACCCCAUUCAUACUACCUACAUCGCCUCGGCGAAGUCAUCUGUUUCAGAAGCUUCAUCCCAUUCGAUAUCGUCGAUC